GAUCGGAUCUGACGCUUCCAGAUCAUCGGAUCUGAGGCCCGAGAGGGCCGGGCCUCAGUUUCCCCACUUCCAAGGAGGCGGCGCUAUGCUGUCCUGUUUCAGGCUCCUCUCCAGGCACAUCAGCCCUUCGCUGGCGUCUCUGCGCCCCGUACGCCGCUGCUUCGCGCUUCCGCUGCGUUGGGCCCCGGGGCGCCGCCCCUCGGAUCCCAGGCCGAUCGCCCCCCGCCGCACCCUGACCGCAGCCGCAUCCUCCGGGGACCCUACCUGUCCCGCAGCCGGCUCCUCUCGGGUGCGCCAGAACUUCCACCCCGACUCUGAGGCUGCCAUCAACCGCCAGAUCAACCUCGAGCUCUAUGCGUCCUACGUGUACUUGUCCAUGGCCUAUUACUUCUCCCGGGAUGACGUGGCCUUGAACAACUUCGCCAGGUAUUUCCUUCACCAGUCCCGAGAGGAGACAGAGCACGCGGAGAAGCUGAUGAGGCUGCAGAACCAGCGAGGAGGCCGGAUCUGCCUGCAGGACAUCAAGAAGCCGGACCAGGACGACUGGAAAAGCGGGCUGCAUGCCAUGGAGUGUGCUCUACUCUUGGAAAAGAAUGUGAACCAGUCGUUGCUGGAAUUGCACACUCUAGCCUCUGACAAAGGUGACCCCCAUUUGUGCGACUUCCUGGAAACCUACUACCUGAAUGAGCAGGUGAAGUCUAUCAAAGAACUAGGUGACCACGUGCACAACUUAGUGAAGCUGGGGGCCCCGGAUGCUGGCCUGGCGGAGUACCUUUUUGACAUACAUUCCCUUGGAAAUGAAAACAAGCAGAACUAAGCAACGGGCUGCCUUCCUCCCACGUCAUUGGGUUCAAAGACCAGAGUCAGCUGUCUCCUGCUUUCUUGCCCUUAAAAUCACCUCCAUCUUUAUAUUUUUCUGUUAUACUAUUCUUGCAAUAAAGUGAUUUGUAGAAAAAAAAAGUUUUGCCCAUGUUUAACAAGGACUUUUUAUUAACCAUCAAGACACUUAUUUUCCCAGCUCGAAGAAUAGCCCAGAUAACUAUGGUAUGAAAAGGACUCCAAAAAGCUACUGAAAGAGGGUGCAAACUAACGUUCUCCAGUUGCCAAGUAUUAUCAGAAUAUGAACCUACACUUAAAUUCUGUGAUUUUUAAUUCAACAAGUGCCUGCUAUAUUCAAUGCCUUAUGCAAAACGCUAAAGUGGGAAAAUGGAUAAAAAUAUACAAAUAACUAUAAGUGAAGAAUAUUUAGUACUGUGAAAAUCAUACAUGCAAAAUGCUAUGACAGCUUUUGCCUUUUCCCAUGGUGUCCCAAGAAGCAGUACAGUCUGGAGAUUGUUUUUUAAAAGAAUUCAUAGUCAAAUUUGGGAUAAGCUACAUGAAUUAUCAGUGCUGGUCUUGGAAAAUCACAGCAUAUAUUAACAUUUUAAGGGCUCUGGGACAUUUUGCAAUUAAACAAUAAAUAUAAAAGCUUGAA